AGGUCACGAGAGCAGUUUCGUAAUUUAUUUGUGAUGUCAUGAAUGAAUUUUAUGGCGGUUUAUUAAUAUGCAAGUAGACAUGUGUGUGAUAAUGAAUGACCCAACACUCUCCGGUAUGACAACACUCUCCUAACACUCCGUACUGUGAUUUCAUCAAACCGCCGCACGUAUCGAUCGUAUGAAAACACGCUGAUCCACAUCCUUCUUGAGCACGUAUCGACUGUGGUAAGAGCGGUCUUCUGGGUUUCUACAUCCGGCCUCUCAUCAUGCUUCAGCUGGGAGAUGGACUUACUCUCUUCUCGGCCGUUUUUAUCGUGAUUCUCCUGGGGACAAGAAGCGCGGUUUGGUCCACCGUGCUCACGGUCUCUCUAUACCUCUUUCUGGUGAUGUUUCGGUUUCCCCAGGUCCCGACCAGCCGUUCCAGACAAGUGCUGCGGCCCGGGUCUCGAGUCGCGGCCAGUGGCGUGUCAGCGGUGGCGCACCGCGGGGGUGGACAUGAUGCCCCCGAAAACACCAUAGCAGCUAUACGGGCAGCCAGUGAGAAUGGAGCCACAGGUGUGGAGCUAGACCUGGAGUUCACGGCUGAUGGCGUUCCCAUACUGAUGCACGAUGAGACUGUGGACCGAACCACAAAUGGGUCAGGUCCACUUAGCAAGCUGCUCUUCUCUGAACUCCACAAACUAGAUGCGGCAGCCAAACACAGGCACAGUGACCGAUUCCGAGGUGAGAAGGUUCCAGCGCUGCAGGAGGCCGUAGAGGAAUGCAUCAAGCACCAGCUGACCAUCUACUUUGAUGUCAAAGGUCAUCCUGAUGAGUCAUCUGCAGCACUAAAGGACUUAUUUCGGAAAUAUCCAGUGCUCUACAACACAAGUAUCGUCUGCUCAUUUGAGCCCAAAGUCAUCUAUAGGGUAACAAAUUCAUCCACUAUGCGGCAGUCCGAUCCUGAUGUGGUGACAGCAUUAACCCAUCGGCCAUGGAGCUUGAGUCAUUUUGGCGACGGAAAGCCAAGAUUCUCUUCCUCAUGGAAACAUCACUGGAUGCAGGUGCUGGAUGUGUUCCUUGAUUGGGCCCAUCAUCACUUGCUGUGGAACCUUUGUGGAGUCUCUGCCUUCCUGGUCCAGAAAAACUUCAUCUCUCAGGACUAUGUGCAGUACUGGGCAGAUCGAGGUGUGGAGGUUGUGGCCUGGACUGUGAACACGGCUGUAGAGAAAGAGUACUACCAGCAGCUACUGAAGAUCAACUAUAUCACUGACAGUCUCAUCGAAGACUGUGAACCUCACUACUAAAAGCCGAACUCUCAAAUCACUCUGGGUCUAAGGGAGAACGAUUAAAACUAAUUUGUCCGACAGAUGAAAUGCCAUACAUAAUUUCAUAAAUUUGAUAAAUACUGGUUUAUAGAUAUGAUUGUAUUGAGGUCAAACAGUAGUCAGAAAAUUUAUUUCAGUUACUCUACAAACAUACUGGUUUAAAUUAUUCUUGACUAAUUCCUUAUACUGUUUAAUUAGAAAUUAAUUUUAAUUUUAAGGGGUUAGUUCACCCAAUAAUGAAAAUCCUCGCAGCAUUUACUCCCCCUCAUCCCAUCCCCGGUGUAUGACUUUCUUUCUUCUGCUG